UACGUAAAAGCCGGCGUACGCUCCUCGCGAACGACGACUCGUUCGCUGUCAUCGCUCGGCUCAGUCUCCUCGUCUCGUAUUUCACUCGUAUUUCUCGAAUAGGACGAACUUUAUCCGCGGCCGCGAUCUCUCGCCGAGCAUCGAAUCGCGCUCUAUUCGGCCGUUUGCCAGUGACAGUUUGGACCGUCGAAUCGGCUCGAUAACCACCAGCUCUCCGAGUCUCAACUCGACGUAUCUCAGUGAGUUGAGAUAUGACAAUUGUUUAAAACGUGAAAAGUUUAUUGGAUUACGCUCGAGUGUAUUCGUCACGAAAAGUCGAGUCUAAGCUCCAGCCCUCUAGGAAGGAUUCGCGGACUCGGAUAGACAACCGCAAACGAGAACACUCGCCGCCGCGGCGCCGUCCUCGCCUCGUCCAUCUCCAUGGACUCUCUAGUCGAGUUCGAUUGAGCCCGCGUACGUCCGGGACACGGACCCUUUAGUACCAAGUAUAGCGGCAAAGGAGAGAAAUGGCAAGGGGCGUUCAAUCGAUUCGGAACGACUCGAUCGUCAAUCCUUUUUAAUCGCGAAAACAUGCUCAAGGAUUCGCAGGAUGGCUCGCAGCUUUGCCACCCUCUCUCUCUCUCUCUCUCUCUUUCUCUCGCUUACCAAUUUGUUGUAACAAUUUGACAAUGACUCUUUUACAGUGAUUUUACAGACAAGAGCUAUCGCUCGUAUCGAUUUCUAAAAGAUAAAACAAGAGAGUGAGUAAUGUCACAUCUUUGAUUCAUCAAAUAGAAACUUUUUGCACCAUGCAAACGAUAUAAAGAUAAUUAAAUUUUUAUAACCUCUGUAAUGUGUAAUUACUUGCUAUAAGGAAUAUAAUCGAUCGAGCUGAAUUACAAUGGAAUCAGAGAUUAUGACACAAUGCUUGACAAGAAAGCGUACAUAAUCUACAAACGCGUCUUUAAAUUUUCCAAUUUUUAUCAACUCAGAGCUUCGUAAUUCAUAAUUGAACAUUGAAUUAUUUGAUUCGCGACUUAUUCAAUUCUUAAAUAUAUUUCAAACGCUUAAAAUUAAUCAUCUCUAAUGUCGUUGGACAACCAUUGGAUUGAGCAGUGAUUUUUCACAAGUGACGUUUCGGGAUAAAGAGCGAUGUGUGUCAUCGUUCUUCGAUGAUGACUCAAAGAGAGUUUUUUCAAUAAUGAUCCCUCGCCGUUAUCGCGGUGGGCGGCGGGCGACGAUCCAAGAAUGGAUAUGAAUUGUUAAAUAAAUCGCAAAUGAUAAUCAAUGUGGAGAGAGAGAAUAAUCAGUGAUCAACCGCGAGCCGCGAGCUGCGAGCAGUGAGCAGUGAGCCGCGACUUUCCAUGCUUUUUGAGAAAACCAAGGACAAAGAAAUGGGAUAACGAAACACGUUGUCUCGAGAUGCAUCUUGCUCCGUUUCGGGAGCAAUCGAGCAGCGGCGACGAGUCGCUCUCUUCGGGCCAGUCGACUCAUCCAUCGAAUACAAGUCGACGAUUGUAGUCAGUCGUGAACCGUAAGUGAUACGGGUCAAUCGGAAUCAGACGUACGCCGCGCUAUCGCGAACGACCGCGAGUGAUGCGGCGAGUGAUCAAUUAUAGAGCUAGAAACUGCGUAUCUCCUAUCUCCUGUCUCACUGCCAAACGAAGACAGACGGUUAAUACGAGACGCGCAAUGCAAUUCCAUCGCAUUCUAUAUAUAAUAUACGUAUACACGAUGGUGUCAAAAUAUUACGACAGCGGAUUGAAAAGAUAGACGUGAAUCGUUUGAAAUAGUCGACCCUUCUAGGCGUGAUUGCGCGAAAAUAACUAACGUCUCUUCGACGGUAAACGAGUCGUUCCAUUCGAGAGGUGUGUGCUGAUAUGUUGCGCAAAAUCACCGUGGGAAUUUGAAGACCGCCGUCGGAUAGAGCGUAAAGAGCGAUCGCUACCAAAAGUUGAAUGGUCAAGCAGCCCCGGUUCCGGAUGAAUGGCGAUGGCGACAGAGACGGAGACGGCCGUAGUACGGCGACGGUAGUAGAACGACGUUAGAACAUUACCGCUUGCGGCUGCAGCUGCGGCGUCAUCGGUCGCUGCACCUGCAGCUGCGGUGGCGGUGACGGCGCGGCGGCGGCGGCAGCGGCGACGACGACGACGACGACGACAACGACGACGAUUUAAUCAGAGAGUGAAACGAUGCAGAACGCUGGCGAUUAUUAUCAAAGGGCGCCGAGAUGUUGUCCGGGUAGAAACGCCAACAGCAACAGCGGUAACAACAACAACAAUAGCGCGAGCAGUGGCGGCGGCGGCGGCGCGGUGCGAGGCGCGGAGCUGCUUUGCUGCUGUUGCAGCUGUAGCACCGCUACUUCCACCAAAACUCCGGGACUAUUGGCGAGCCUUGGCGUAUGUGUGCUCGUUCUCGGCUACACCCUGCUCGGCGCGUUCGCCUUUAUGGCCCUCGAGGGAGACCUCAAAUCGGAUUCGCUUAGCGAGAUUGCCGCAUCAAAACCUGAUGGAGUUUCCUACGUGCUGCCUAACCUCGAGAACGACUCCACCGCUAUGGAAUUGAGAGCACGCACGGUCGAGAAGCUAUGGAGCAUCACCGAGGAUCUCAACGUUCUCUACAAGGAGAAUUGGACUCGCCUGGCGGCCCGAGAGGUCCUCGAGUUCCAGGAGAAUUUAGCUCGCGGCCUCAGGCGCACCUCCUACGAACAAACGCCACCGUUGUCUCCGCGGUCCAGAGAGCAUCACGCGGACAGCAGACGACUGCACGGUCGACGAUGGACUUUCAGUAGUAGCCUGCUGUAUUCUCUGACGUUAAUUACGACUAUAGGAUACGGUAGCGUAGCGCCACGCACAGUCUGGGGUCGGCUGAUCACUAUAGUUUACGCUUUAGCGGGAAUCCCGCUCAUGUUGGUCUACCUAAGUACAGUGGGCGACGUGCUUGCCCGAAGUUUUCGUCGUCUUUACGGACGCGUGUGUCGACGGCCGCGUAACUGCGCGCGAAAGCAGCAACCGCCGCCGCCGCCACCGCCAGUCGGCGGCAUAAUGACCAAGCCGUAUCGCUACGACAAUCACGUGGAGACCAAGGGAGGCGGCGGAUGCAACUACUACUCGGCGAGCAGGGAAAGCUCUUGCGACGAUCUCGGUAUCCGCAGCACCGGCAGCGCGAUCCUGCUCGACUGCGGCAGCGAGGGUCUUUUGCACGCGACCACCAGUUCGACAGCUGCGCUUCAGGACGUGACAACGGGUAACGGCAAGCGACACUUUCACCCGUGCUCGCUCUCCUUAUCAUCGACCUCGUCACCGGCGUACAUGCUGGAGAGCAACCCCGUCAGGAUACCGAUCAGCUUGUGCCUGGCGAUAAUGCUGGUGUAUAUAUGCGGCGGUGCGGUCAUGUUCAACCGUCUGGAAGGCUGGAGCUUGUUGGAGGGCGGAUACUUUUGCUUCACCAGCCUUGGUACGAUCGGCUUUGGGGACCUGAUGCCAGUAGGGCGUAACGCGCCCACCACCACCCUGGAGGAGCUCAGCUUGUGCGCCUGUUCGCUCUACAUCCUCGCCGGGAUGGGCCUGAUCGCCAUGUGCUUCAACCUCGUCCAGGAGGAGGUGGUACGCGUGGUCAGGGUCUUCGGUAGAACCUGCGGCAUGUCGUCGGGCGUGGUGGUCGGACCUAUCGGUGGUACAGCAGGCGCCGCCAUUUCCGGUCUCAAAGUCGACCUCGAUGACGGAGGCGGCACCAGCGAUUCGCGAUUGUCCGAACAAGAAGAGGAGGCGAUCGCCAUGUCGAUGGUGCCGGCGGCCGGUUCCUGACAGCAUCAGGCCAGGAGCCCCGGUGACGGCAAGCUCCUGGCCCACUCCUCCAACACUGCCGUAAAGUUGUCGCCGGGCCAUCAUUCGACGCUACCGCGCAAGAAGA